UGGCUGAAAACGAGCUGAGGGAACAGAGGGAGCUCUGAGGGGCAGCGAGGAACGAGCUGAGGGACAGGCGGGACGGGUGAAGACGAGCUGAGGGAACUGGGGAACUCUGAGGGACAGGGAGGGAACGAGCUGAGGGGACUGGAACUUGAGCUGAGGGACAGGGAGGGAACGAGCUGAGGGAACCGCAAAGGCCAGUCUGGGGCGGACUGAGGGAACCGGGAGAGCUCUGAGGGACGGGGGGGAACGAGCUGAGGGCACCGGGGCGGCUCUGAGGGGUCGGUGCCAGGUGAGGGCUGAGGGGAAGCCCGGCCAGUGCAGGUGCUGAGCCCCAGCUCGUGUGGGUGGGCGAGCAGAGAGGACCGAUACCCUUCCAGUGAGGGAAAAUUGAGAGAUUUUGGGGGGACAGUGGAGAAAAUGUUGGAAAAGCAGUUGGAGUGUCCAUGGGAGGCAAAUGAGAAGAAACGCUUAAACUCUGUUAGGCCGCAGUGGCAGGAGGAUGGGGUGGUUGUGGUGAAGAUACAUGUGGGGUUUUUCUGUUUGCUUUUAGGUUUCUCACUCCAAGGACAGUGAUGUGGAGGUAUUGGAGGCACUGGAGGGUUGAAAAGGAUGCAGGGAAGAACAAGAACAAAUCGAGGAUGCCUUGCUGUGCCUAGGCUCUAGACCUGCUUAAGUGCAUAUGUGUGACCCUCCAUGGUUUUCCUGGCGUCUUCCAGGAGAGAUCCCAGGUCCAUUCCUCAGUCCUGAUUUUGUGGGAUCACCUGCAGCCCUCAGGGAGUUGAGCGACAAGAAAAGGAUUUUGCAUUCGCGCGUUGCUGGGCUUUGGAAUUUUCUCCCUGGAUUUCGGUUCGUUUUUCGCGUUUGCAAUACCAGGCUGAGCUCGUGCGAGCUGAGCUCCCCCUUCAUUCUUCACUGGCUCCCAUGGGAGCAGGGUGUGGAUUGAGGGCUCCUUUCCCUCCACUCCUUUCAUCCCCGAGGUCUAACGGAAGGAAGAGUCAGGUGUCAAUAACUGUCCUCUUCUCCUGUUGAUUUGAUCCAAUGGACUGACAUGCAGGGGAGACUCAGAUGAAAGUUGCAUCUGAGGAGUGUUUGUGCUCAUAGCUGAGGAACCUUCCCAAAGCUGCCUUCCUCAUUAUCCACCAAAGUCCUCCUGCUGUUCCACAUACUAAUUCCAGAGGGUGGAAUUAAUGCUUUCACAUGGCAAAGGCCAACUGUAACUGUUGCUUCACACUGAAAACACAGAGGGAGAAGGUAUUUCACUAAACCAUCACCAGUGGACAUCACAACAGGGAGAAAAUGACAACCACGGGGGGCGAUUCCUUCCCCGGCUGAUGCCGCUCUGAGCAUCCAGAGCCCGCCGAAGGCAGCAGCGGUGCAGUCGCUGUGACAGUGCGAGGGCAGAAGCUCUGGACGGCAGAGGAUGCUAGAGAAGAGGGCCAAGCAGCAUCCAGGAGCUUUCCCCUGCUAUCCUGGGAAUGUGCUGGGUGUCUCCAUGGGCUGGGAGGAGUAAAAACAGGAUCCACUGGGAAUUUUUAGCACUUUGAGUUGCUGAUAACUGAUGGAAGGCGACGAGCGGGCGAUAAAUUCCCUGUUCCCAGGCAGGUUGUCUUUCCUCCUGUAAUUAAUUCAGCCCCAACCCAAACUGCUGAGGCUCUCAAGGAGUUAAGAUACAACAAUGGUGGCACUUACACUGUUCCAGUGGAUUCUAAAAGGGCUUAUCUUGACUUUUCUGCUGAAAACUACUCUGUCCCUAAAUCCAGAUGAUCCAAAUGUUUGUAGUCAUUGGGAAAGCUAUGCUGUGACAGUGCAGGAAUCUUAUGCUCACCCCUUUGAUCAGAUCUAUUACACACGAUGCACAGACAUCCUCAACUGGUUCAAGUGCACCAGACACAGGAUCAGUUAUAAAACCGCCUAUCGGAGGGGGCUGAGGACGAUGUACCGGCGGAGAUCCCAGUGCUGCCCCGGCUACUACGAGAGCGGAGACUACUGCAUCCCUCUGUGCACGGAGGAGUGUGUGCAUGGGAGGUGUGUCUCUCCUGACACGUGUCACUGUGAACCAGGAUGGGGAGGCACUGAUUGCUCCAGUGAUCUGGCCACCUCUGAUGGGCUGGGGGAGCCCAGCACUGCUCCAGCAGAGACUGGUGGGAACAGCAACUACAACAGCUGUGACAGCGAGCACUGGGGGCCCCACUGCAGCAACCGCUGCCAGUGCCAGAACGACGCGCUCUGCAACCCCAUCACGGGCGCCUGUGUCUGCGCCGACGGGUUCCGCGGCUGGCGCUGCGAGGAGCUCUGCGAGCCCGGCACCUACGGCAAGGCCUGCCAGCUCCAGUGCCAGUGCCACCACGGGGCCACCUGCGACCACCAGACCGGAGAGUGCCACUGCGCGCCCGGAUACACCGGAGUCUUCUGUGAGGAGCUGUGUCCCCCUGGCAGCCACGGCGCCCAGUGCGAGCUGCGCUGCCCCUGCCAGAACGGGGGCGUCUGUCACCACAUCACCGGGGAGUGCUCCUGUCCCGCGGGAUGGACGGGGCUGGUGUGUGCACAGCCAUGUCCUCCUGGAACCUUUGGAAUCAACUGCAGCCAGGACUGUCCGUGCCACAACGGAGGACACUGUGACCCCGUGACAGGAAAAUGCAUCUGCACAGCUGGCUAUAUAGGAGACAGGUGCCAGGAGGAGUGUCCCAUCGGGACAUACGGCUUCCAGUGCUCACAAACCUGCGACUGCCAGAACGGGGCCAAGUGCUACCACGUCAACGGAGCCUGCAUCUGUGACCCCGGCUUUAAAGGGAUUUACUGCCAAGAAAGGAUGUGUCCAGAAGGGUUUUAUGGCCUCAAAUGCAACAAGAGAUGUCCUUGCAAUAUUACCAACACCCUCAGCUGCCACCCCCUGUCUGGAGAGUGCAGCUGCAAGGCUGGCUGGGCUGGGCUCUACUGCAACGAGACGUGUCCCCCGGGCUCGUACGGCGAGGGCUGUGCCCUGGCCUGCCCCUGCCACAACGGGGCCGACUGUGACGGCGUCACCGGGGCCUGCUCCUGUGCCCCCGGCUACAUGGGAGAGGACUGCACCAUCACCUGCAUGGCAGGAACCUACGGAACCAAUUGCUCCUCAGUUUGUAACUGCAAGAACGACGGUGCCUGUUCCCCUGUGGACGGGCUGUGCUACUGCAAAGAAGGCUGGCAAGGAGUGGAUUGCUCUAUUCCAUGUUCAAGUGGAAGCUGGGGUCUGAACUGUAACCAGACGUGUUCCUGCACCAAUGGAGCUGCCUGCAGGCCAGCAGACGGCUUCUGCCUCUGCUCCCCGGGAUGGCAGGGGGAGUUCUGUGAGCAGCCCUGCCCUGAUGGAACAUAUGGUCUUAAUUGCAGCGAGCGUUGUGACUGUAACCACGCCGAUGGGUGUGACCCUGUCACUGGGUACUGCUGCUGCCUCGCAGGCUGGACAGGCAUCCACUGUGACAACAUCUGCACCCAGGGCCGCUGGGGCCCCAACUGCUCCAUCUCGUGCAGCUGUGAGAACGGGGGAUCCUGCUCCCCAGAGGAUGGCACCUGCGACUGCGCCCCGGGAUACAGGGGACCCUUGUGCCAGAGAAUUUGCCCCCCUGGUUUUUAUGGACACCACUGUGGCCAGCCCUGCCCCCAGUGUGUGCACAGCAAUGGUCCUUGUCACCACGUGUCGGGACACUGCGACUGCCUGCCUGGAUUCUUUGGCCCUCUCUGCAACCAAGUGUGUCCCAGUGGGAAAUACGGGAAGGACUGUGCCGAGGUGUGUCAGUGCACCGAGAACGGGACGUGCAAUCCCAUCGACGGAUCCUGCCAGUGCUUCCCAGGCUGGAUAGGCAUGGACUGCUCUCAGACCUGUCCCAGUGGGUUUUGGGGCCCUGACUGCUUUCAUUCCUGCAACUGCCACAACGGAGCACUGUGCAGCCCCUACGAUGGAGAGUGUCGAUGUACCCACGGCUGGACGGGGCUCUUCUGCACUCAGCGUUGCCCAGCUGCUUUUUAUGGAAAGAACUGUGCCAACGUGUGCCAGUGUCAGAACGGGGCUGACUGUGACCACAUCACUGGGCAGUGCACGUGCAGGACUGGAUUUACAGGCAAACAGUGCGAGCAGAAGUGCUCACCAGGAACGUUUGGUUAUGGUUGCAAACAACUUUGUGAGUGCAUGAAUAAUGCUACAUGUGACCAUGUCACGGGGACCUGCUACUGCAGCCCAGGCUUCAAAGGAAUCCGGUGUGAUCAAGCGGCUCUUAUGAUGGAAGAAUUAAACCCCUAUACUAAAAUUAGCCCUGCUCUUGGAUCAGAGAGGCACUCAGUGGGAGCAAUCAUUGGAAUUAUUAUUCUCCUUCUAAUUAUUAUGGUCUUGCUGGCACUGUUUGUGUGGUAUCGACGGAAACAGAAGGAGAAGGGCCAUGACAUGCCAAGUGUAUCUUACACUCCAGCCAUGAGGAUGACUAAUACAGAUUACUCACUUUCUGAUGUAUCUCAAGGUAGCGGCAGUGUACACUGCUUUUCCAAUCCCAGCUACCACACUCUCUCAUGUGGUGUGACCUCACGCUUCUUUCCCAGUAAUCUGGAUGGAAACAGCUCCAGUAAGCUCAGUAACAAAAUCCUUGACAGAGAAACUGCAGACUGGAGACCCUACAGCUAUCUGAAUGAACUAGAAUUGCCAGCAGUGAAAGGUGGAGAAUUGAGAAUUGUUUCCUUUACCACAAACCACAGACUAGGAGAGCAGAGUCAAUAUUCAUUCCAGCCUCCCUCCCAAGGUUGCUGGGUUGAAUCACCAUCAUCUACCCCAUAAAUGUUUUUUUAAGGACUGACCGAGGACAUUAAAAAUUCAGAUUUGGGAUUUUUUUUUGGUUUUGUUUUUCCUUUUCUUUCAUGCUUAAUAAAGCUCAGCACUAAAUGCUGGCAUGUUGAUGGAGGUGUGGAGCCUCUGUGGGAGCUGGGCCGUGCCAUCCACUGUUAUCUCCCGGUAAAUCACACCCUGCCCCCUUCUCAGGCAACUCUGAACCACCAGCCGGUGCAGCCAAGCCAAGAGUGAAGUUUAAUUACCUUUCCUGAGUUUAUUCUCCCUGGCUUAAGUUUUAACAGGGUUUUCAGCAGCUCUUAGCUCAAGUCCUGCCCAGAUUUAGUGCUUUGGAUGGUAUUUGUUUUCCUAUCUGAGCACUUGGAGUUUGGCUUCUCAGUGGCAGAGAAGCCAUUUGCCCUUUCCUUUGCUGGGAUUACUGAUAUCUUACUGAAAAUAUGCUGUAGGGGGGGAAAGUGCAGCAUUAAGAGGUAUUAUGGGAUUUUUAAGGUCAACUAUCUCCCAGCUCACGUGGCACAGGAAUGAGCCCAGGGCAGCACCAGGCAUCACAUCCUGUCACAGCUCCUGGCACCCCCCAGGCCUCGCUCCAGAGAUCAGGCCUUCCCUGCAUCAGGAAAAUCACAAACCUGUCAAGCUUCAGUGCAAAACCUUCUCAUCAUUAAAACCAUUAAUAUGCUUUGCUGUAUAAUAACCUGCAGAACUGCUGUUGUGCUUAUCUGUACAUGACAUGGGGGCUGGGAGGGUCAGGGUUUCCAAAUGCUCCUCAAAUCAAGUUAAUUUUCCUUUUACCAUUUUGCUGCUUUUUUUUGCACACUUAUUUGCUUUAUUUGUGUUUAUCUUGCUGUGUCCUGAGCCCCCUGUGUGCCACAUCUGUCCUGCAUUCAUGCAUUUUAUUUUACUGGCAGAAGCAAUGCCAAAUGCCUCUGCAGUAAGAAGUGCUAAAUACUUUAGCUUUUAGCUAAGUGGCCUCCUGCAAAACACUCAGUUUUUCCCAUGGCAUUUUUGCAUCCAGGAUACCUUUUUCUUUCUUUUUUUUCACAGUAAUUGAUGAAAAUGAGAUUUUUUUUUUUUCCUUCCCUUUCAGUACCAGAAUUAAUGUCUGCUCGUGCUGACUUUCAUAAUGUUGAGUUCUUGCUCAGAUCAAGGGCAUUUUUAUAUGAAACUGUAAAAUGUUUUCAUUUCUCAGUAAUACUUUGGUGCAAUAAAAGCUGCAGAUUCCACCUGUGCAAAUUUCAGAAAAGAAGUGAAAAUCUUCAAUGUUGAGUUGUAAACACAAAAUAUUAGUGAAGCCCCGUGGGGUCACAGAGGGGAUCUUGACCUUCAAACUGCAUUAGGCAUGGAAGUACCACAGUUAAAGACAUGAUGCACCUUCUUAUCCCACUUCCAGCCUUAGGUUUAUGACACAGAUGCCCCAGCUCGUGCUCUGGAAGAGCAGCCAAGCAUUGGGCAGGGCUGGAUUCAGUUAAAAAGAGUUAAAAUGGCCUUGGACAACUGCACAGCUCCUGUGCUGUGCCCCUGAAAUGUCCUGGAGAGCAGAGGUGUAAGUGAGCAAGAGGUGGGGGAGAACUUAAAGGGAGAUGGAAAAGACACUGAAGAGAAAUUUGGAAUGGAUGGAAACCUUCAGCUCUUCUGGUCACCCCCCUGCCAGCGACCCCUCUGACUGUGGCAGUGAUCCCAAAGGAUGGGACCAUCCAGAUGAGGAGCAUCAGGCUCACAGGGGUGUCUGUAGGCUUGUUGGAAUUUGCAGGUGUCCUAAAUAUUAAUUAUAGUUGAGGGAAAGGAUAUUGUAAGAAUACCUAUGUGAAAGUUAACUCGGACACUCAUCUUCUAAAACCCACAGUCAUAAGGAGUUUUCUUAAUUCCAGUGGAUCUCACCAGGCUGCAGGUGUUCUACCUGUUUUGCAGGACUUUUGUUUGCCAGGUUCAUGUUCUUUCCAAGUGGGGAAGGCAGGGACAAAGGCUGUAUUUUCACUACUGGCACAUUUGCUUGUGAGCUUCAAAUAUGGGGCUUUGUCAGAGAGCUGGUUGUGUCUGUUCUAGGGAUGAGCACGAGUAAUUCCCAUGGACAUGGGCUUGAGAGAUCAGAGUUUGGGGACUCUGGUGCCAAGAAGAGGCAGCUUUGUCACCUCCCUCUGUGUCACUGCCUUCCCAAGGCAGCCCAGUCCCAGUUACAAGGAGGGGCUUGGCUUUGCAAAGUUCUCUGGUCUCCAUCUCCUGCUGCAGAACGGGAAUUUGAAUGAUCUCUCUUGCUCUAGUCCUGUCUGCAUUGAGCAGUGGCAGAUUCCAGCUUCCAGCUCCUCUCCCAGGGGAGUCAAAACUCCUGAACCACAGCCUGAGUUCAGGGAGGGUUGUUGUGUUCAUUGGCUGCAGUGCUGGGCACAGUGAGCUGCAGCAAAAACAGUUUUCUGUGUAAUGUUUUUUAACAGCAGUCCUUGAUGCAGAGACUAAAGUGUGAUUUGCAGCCCAUCGUGAGGGACUCGAAGCUGAAUUUAUUCCAAAGGACCAAAGCCACUAAGUUUGAUUCACAGCUGACUCUGCAUUUUUCUCAAAGCCAAGAGGUGUGGAAAAGUAUUUCCAGCUGAGACCCUGAUUUCACCCAGCAGAUAAUUUAGCUUCAAAGUUAAACCUGGACUUUCAUAAAAUGCCACAUUCCUGGCCUGUUUAGGACUUUUCCACAUUAAUGACUUCUGCAGGUUAAAGAAUAAUGUGUCCAUCAUUCAUUUCACCUCCUGAGGAGCACAGCGAAUACACAAAAACGGGUCAUAAACCCACAGUAUCAUAAGAGAGAAAAGAGAAAACUAAAGGCAGAAUUACAGGGAAUAGGUUGGGAAGGGUCAUGUAGGGCUCCCAAGAGCCCUCCCAUGGGUCAGCCUGGGUCCCCUUUGCUUCCCUGCCACAGCCCCUUCCCGCUGUGACGUGUUGGGAGCUCCCCAGCUGCUCCCACCCCAGCCUGGUGUGAGUUCUCCUUGCUGGAGGCACCAUGUGAAGCUGCCCAAACACUGCUUGGUGUUCCUGCCCUUGGAGAUUUGCUCAGCCCUGGCAGGAGGCCGUGUGAUCACCAGGGAUGGCCUUGGGGAGCUCCACUGCUGGGAAAGGGAGCCCAAUCCUCUUGGAUGGCAGCCAAGGGAUGAAUUAGCUCCGUCCUCUCGCCUGGGACUCUGCCCUGGCAGGAGAGAAAACCAGCACUGAGCUAAUCCUGCUGUGUGACAGAGCUUCCCACACCUCCCAGUCAGCCUUGCCCUCUGCAUCAGGAAUUGGCUCAGGAUCAGAGCUGGAAAACAAAGCAGAAGGUGCUCCAGUGGAUUGGGGGGGUCACUCUUGGCCAGAAGGGGAAGGGCCCCAUCACAGGGAGCACAGUGGUCAUGCACCACCAGCUCUGUUCCUGUGCUCAGGGCUGAGCUCUGAGAGCCAGAGCAGAGGGGUUGGCUUGUCUUUGAUGUGCCACUCACACAUUUAUUGUCUAAUUCAGUCAUUUUCCUUAUUUAGCAAAAAACCCAAAGGUGUGCUGAUAAAGGCACUGGUACAGCACUGCCCGUGGCUGUGACAGCUUUUCUGCAGAGACCAGAGGACACUCAAGGACAAAUAGCUGGGAAGCCUCUGGGACACACUGUUUGCAGGGCUCUUUUCCCAGCCUAACUGAGUUACUUGACUGGGAAUCCCAUAAGACACGAAGACAUUUCUCAGUAACCAAAUUUGUAUUGAUUUUCCUAGUCAAUAAGAAAUACCAGACUCUAUAGUUAAAGAGAUUUAAAGGCUUACAUUAGAUUUGCCUUUUGACUGAUAUCGAGGGUAAUCUGCAAUAGUGGAAAUGAAAGAGGUUCCCAUCCCCUUCUGUCUCUGCUUCCAUGAGGAACAGCAAGUUCCUAUGGAGGCACAAGUGUUGCUGUCAGCUCUCUGCACUGUCAGACCACAGUGGGCACUUAGGGGCUGUUGUCACAUCAGUUAUUGAACCGUGCAAAUUUAUGAGCAAAGUCAUAGUAGGUAAUUCAAGCAGAUUGUAAACACCUCAGAUCUAAGGCUGUGAGUCAAAUAACCCACUAUCCACGAACAAAACAAAGCCUAAAAUUAGUCACAGAGUGAUGCAACACAACCUGCAGACUCAGGUUGGAAAGGACACGUUUCAGGCUUCUUUCACUAAUCCAAGCCAGUGUUUCAGUAAUGAAUGUACCAGCAGAUGAUUUUUUCCUGAUCUCCUGAUGGAUGGCUGUUCUUGGUAACCCUGCUGCAGGAAAGCCCUCCCUUCAGGGAAGCUCUUAAGCACAUGCAGAAUUCCAGGCGUGCACAGACUCCCCACUGAAGCUGAGAGUGUGCUCAGGGCUGAGGAUGUGCUUAAGAGCCUCCCUAAAUGAGGGCCCUGAUGUACAGUUUAGAGGGAAGAAUAUAUGCUGCUCAGUAGUCAAAGCAAUCCAAUUUACAUAAAUAUUUAUUUGUUU